AUGCCCGAGUCCUCUUCCUCCGCGCCCGCUACCACCCCCACGGCCCCGGUGAAGCGAGCUUGCGACGCAUGCCACCGUCGAAAGGUCAAGUGCAUCGGAGACGGCACCCGCCCCUGCAAGAAUUGUACUUCCGCUGGCCUUACCUGCACCUACAAUGCCAUCCCACAGAAGAAAGGCCCCAAAGGCAGCCGGGCCAAAGUCAUCUCGGAGCUCAGAGAGACCCAACGGCAUGCCCAACUCGCCAAACAGCGCCACGUCUUGGAGUUUGACAGCCCUCCUCAUUCACCCGCCCAUCUGAAGAAGGCUGGCCUGCUUUCAAUGGAUAUGAUCACCGCCUGCGUCGAUUACUUCUUCGCACAUCUCUAUCCUACCCAGCCCAUCCUUCACCGUCAGAAAGUGGGCGAGACCAUCGGUCAGAUGGAGACGAGUAUCGAAGCCUACUGCCUGACCGUCUCUCUAUGCGCGUAUAUGAUGAUCCAGCCGAACAUGGUCAUCUCGCCAGACGCUUUCGAAGGCCUCGAGACUCCACCGCAAUCGAGCCUCCAGCAUGGCCAUCUCCUACUGCAGGAAGCAUUGCGAGUGCGGCGAGCAUAUAACUACGUCGAUAAUCCUUCCGUCUGGUCCGUCAUCACAUCCUUCUUCCUUUUCGGCAGCUACUUCUGCCUCGACCGACACAACACCGCCUGGUACCAUCUCCGAGAGGCUACAACGCUCGCGCAGAUCAUGGGCAUGCACGAUGAGGCAAACUAUCAGACGACUGACAUCGUUGAGAGCUCGAGGAGACGACGCCUUUACUGGUUGCUCUUCGUUACAGAACGCGCAUACGCCCUGCAGCAACACAAGCCGCUGACGCUUCACGCGACCAUCAACCUUCCGACACUCGAUGACGAUCCCGCCGAGACGGCCGAAUUGAACGGCUUCAUUCAUCUUGUCAACCUCUUCAGGCCUUUCGACGACACCUUUGUUGGCCUUUGGAACAAGGCGAGAGUAGGAUGUACCACAGAGUGGCUUGCCCGCCUACAACAACAGCUUUCCGAUGCACUACCACAAUAUCUACAGUGUACCGAAAGCCAAGCCGUCGACCUUCGAUGCUCACAAUCAUGGCUGCGAACAAUGAUCUGGCAGCUCUCGAUCAGUCACGGCUUUCUCUCUUCCGCUGCCUCGGACAACGCAAUGAGCUUCAGGUUCCCAAUCGAGUUGUCCAGGGAUCUUGUCCGCUCGGCGUCACAAUUCUCUCAGGCGGCGAUGGAAGUGCAUGGGAUUGGACUGAUCGAAAAGCUUUUCGACGUUGCAUGCACACUGACAGACGUGAUGUCUGUGAUUCCGGGCGAACAGUACACAUUCGAAUUCGGACCGCGCGACUACUUGAAUCAACUCAUGUCCCUGAUUUCUAACUUACGCGGCGGCCAUCAGCGCUAUCUGCCACUGUUGAUGCAAAAAGUUCAUGAUACGAUGGCAAACACGCCCGGCUACUCCAUUACCGCAGUUCCCCCUAGCAUUCGAUCCGAAGAAAUCUACGAGGGAAGCCAUAGUAGCGCACCAAACUCCGGUGGAUCUUCGCCAUUCGGUAGCCCACUCGGCGCUGAUGUGGCUGGAUAUAGUUACCCUGACAUUGCGGUCUCUGCGGCAAUGUCACACUCACAACCGACGAUACCUGUGUCGGCACCCACAUCGGUGUAUAACGAUUACUCGGCUGGCGCGAUUCAGGGGAUGUCGAAAUAUGAAACUGGAGAUUGA